UGUGGGCGGGUCCCUGAACGCAGCACUUGAUGCUCCGCUGUGAUCAUCUGCAGGGAAACCAGGAGCAGAAGAUCAGGCUGCAGUCAUGCUGAAGUCCCGGCCUGUUUGGACUCUGCUGCUGCUGCUGCUGCCGCUGCAAGUCGUGUCUCAGGGGGACUUUGACCUGACGGAUGCUCUGGAUGACGGGAACAAACCAGCUCCGACAUCGAGGCCCGGAAAAGGAAAAGGGAUUUCUCUGGAGGAUUUGUUGAACGUCGGCUCCACAUCGAGAACCACCACCAAAGCUCCCGCUAAGGUCCGGCCUAAGAAGCCUCAGUCCAGUCCAGGCGGAGACGACUUUAAUCUGGCUGAUGCUUUGGAUGAAAACCAGAAACCAGGAGGUGGUUUUUCCGACACUGACCUGGAGGAUGUGAGCAAAGAUAAAGGCUACAAACCGGACAAAGGGAAAGGUUACGGCCAGAAAGACGACAGCAGCCAGAGCUCCUACGAUGGAAACAGCGAGAUGACGGCGGAGGUGGGCACCAUCGCAGGGAUCAUCAGCGCCGUCAGCGUGGCUCUGGUUGGAGCCAUCAGCAGCUACAUCUCCUACCAGAAGAAGAAGCUGUGCUUCAGCCUCCAGCAGAGUCUGGACCUGGACCUGAACAAGGCGGAGAUCCCUGGACAGGUGGCAGCAGAACCUCACGCUCAGCAGUCGCUGUUGGACCAGCCGAAGGCUGAAGCCUCCAGUGACCAGAAUGUGGUCUAAGACCCAGACAGCGACCAUAAAGGACGACUCACCCCAAAAUCAGCCUUCUCUUUGUCUUUCGAGUCUAAAACCGUCUGCCUGGCGCCCUCCUCAGGUUUAACCAGAGGCCUGCAUCUGAUUCUGAGCCAGUAAUGAUGUUAGCUCUGCUGUUAUUGUGACAUCACCCAGAAUAAGUGAUGUAACCGUCUAAUCUGGAUAAAACUAUCAUCUAAAAACUGUUCCUGCUCAGUGGACGGGCGUCUCAGCUGGUCCGCCGCUUCCAUUAGGAGCGUUUUUUCAAAUGUUAGCUGUAGGUGGAGGUAAAGCUGCAGAAUGGGGUGAGUUGCCCUUUAAACGCUAACUUCAUCCUUUGAUUCAACACGGUUUACUUAGAUCAUAAAUAAAUAGAUCUCUACUUAGAACCAAGUUGUUGGUCUUAAGUAGAGAUAAUGAUUUAUUCUGAUGAACAGUAAAAUAAUCAGUUGAAAUUAAAACACUUUAGAAAAGUAGUUUUUUUAAGUUCACUUAAUAAUAACGAGCAUUUCUGCCUCGUUUACCUGAAUUAUUCACCGAAUGUUAGAAAUGUGAAACUAGAACCACUGGAAAUAAUUCACUAUCAGUCAGAAAUAUUCCUGCAUGUUUUACUGAGCAUGUGAGCAGAAGCUAAACCAGGAAGUAGCCUCGUGCUAACAGCGGAGUAGUUGCUAUGGUUACCAACAACUGACAUCAGUAAAAAUAAAACACGUAUAGCAAUAAAGGUAAAUUAAUGACAAAAUAACAUGAAAUGGAAAAAUACCCCCCCCCCAUGCAAUGAAAUGUUUCCAUACAUCUGUCAACAACAUCUUAAUUUGCAGUUCUAUAGAAAUUAAGUGAUGCUGCGGCACAGAGCUGGAUGGAUGUGAUGCAAACGAUUAAAACCGUUUUAGGCUCUCUGCUAGAUUUAUAUCUGAUUUAUUAAGAAUAUUAGGUAUUCCUAAUCAAUUCAAAUCAUGUAUUAAAAUGAAAAUGAAUUAAUUUGAUAUGUUAAAAGACAGAAAUGUUAUCUUUGACGCGACAUGUAUGAAAAUCUGAAAGAAGAACUGAUGUAAAAAUCAAAUGUUGCCAAACUGACAUUUAUUAAACAUACUUCUGGGAUUAUUUUAAUUUAUGGGAUUUAUUAUGAAACGAAGGCUCAUGUUUAUCUAAUCAGAAAGGAGGAUUGCUGCAAUGCAUUAUGGGACGGAACGAAGCAGACCUUUGCUCCACUUUAGUGAAUAGAAAUUUCAUUUAAAAGAUCUGAGUAUUUAAUCAAUAUGAGAAUAUAUGGGAACAUUAUGCUAAUUAAUUUAUUUGAUUGACCAGCAUAGUGG